AGGUCCCUGGUCCAACCCACCCGUCGGCGGUCGGGCUGGAUCCCCGAGAAAGAGACCGGCCGCCACCGCUCCCCACCUGGCCCCCAUCUGCACAGUCCCCACUCCAAAACCCCGCCAGCUAGCUCCGCCGCCGGCGACAUGGCCGACGGCGCCACGCCCAGGCGCAAAUCCGUGCCGGACUGGCUCAACAGCCCGAUCUGGUCCGCGCCUCCCUCGUCCCCGCGCCACCGCUCCCCGCCCCGCGCGGCGCCCUCCCCGCCCCAGCCGCCGCCGCCUCCCCUGCCCCCGCCCCAGCCGCCCCGGGAUCCGGUCCCCACCCCUCCUCCAAACGCCCCCCGCGAUAGCGACGGCGACGGCUCGGACGACGACGGCGAAGGCGCGGGCGCGGCCGGCCGGUCGCGGGCCCACCUCGUCGCGGAGUUCAGGGUCGCGCUGGACAGGAAGGUGGUGGAUCUGGCGGAGCUGCGGAGGCUCGCGUGCCAGGGCGUGCCCGACGCCGCCGGGUUGCGGCCGGUCGUCUGGAAGCUUCUCUUGGGAUACUUGCCAACUGAUCGUGCUCUAUGGCCUUAUGAACUGGAGAAAAAGCGGUCCCAGUACAGUGCUUUCAAAGAUGAGCUUCUGGUUAACCCUUCAGAAGUUACUCGAAGAAUGGAGGAAAUGACUGUUUCCAAACGGAAGAAACAUGAUGCUGAAGGAACUGGUGUGCUACCAAGGGCGGAGAUUGUUCGUGAUGAGCAUCCUUUAAGCCUUGGGAAAACUAGUGUUUGGAACCAAUACUUUCAGGAAUCUGAAAUUAUAGAGCAGAUUGAUAGAGAUGUUAAACGUACUCAUCCUGAGAUGCAAUUUUUCAAUGGGGACGCUUCAGAUUCCUUGUCUAAUCAGGAGUCACUGAAGCGUAUACUUACCAUCUUUGCAAAAUUAAAUCCGGGUAUAAGAUAUGUACAAGGAAUGAAUGAGGUUUUGGCACCUCUCUUUUAUGUUUUCAAGAACGAUUCAGAUGAAAAUCAUGCUGCUUCAGCGGAGGCAGAUGCAUUUUUCUGUUUUGUUGAGCUGCUUAGUGGGUUCCGAGAUAACUUCUGCAAGCAACUUGACAACAGUGUGGUCGGUAUACGCUCCACAAUCACCAGACUGUCGCAACUUCUGAAAAGGCAUGACGAGGAGCUCUGGCGGCAUUUAGAGGUCGUAACCAAGGUUAAUCCUCAGUUCUACGCAUUCAGAUGGAUCACCUUGCUGUUAACACAGGAGUUCAAGUUCAGUGACUGCCUCCACCUAUGGGACACCCUACUAGGCGACCCAGAGGGCCCUCAGGCUACCUUGUUGCGGAUCUGCUGCGCGAUGCUGAUACUCGUCCGAAGGCGGCUCCUGGCCGGAGAUUUCACCGCGAACCUCAAGCUCCUCCAGAGCUACCCGCCCACAAACAUCGACCACCUGCUGCACAUCGCUAACAAGCUGCGAGGGCCGCUUCCCUACUGAUGUUUCUGUUUCCACUUCAUAUGUUUUGAUGCCGGUUCAUACGAUCCAAGAAAUGGUGCACUAGAAGCUCUGUAAAUGGACUUCCCAUAGGUGCUGGGUGAUUGUUGAUUUGAAAUUGAGCGCACUAGUUCUCGUGCAUUGUCCGUUCGAUGCCCUUUAUAGCUUGGUUGCUGUUUUUAGUGUUCGGCUGAACACGAGGCACCACCACUGGGAGCACACGUGCAUUCAGCAGGUCAAGUAAAGAAGUGCACAAAGGUUUGGCCAUCGAGCUGGGCAAUUUGUCAAUUUCUUUC